AUGACUCGCCAUCAGGAACUGUUUACUCCCUCCUCUUGGGAAAGGCAUACUUGCAGCUCUUUGAACGGUUUGCACAUCAGUCGGACUAAUACCAGAAAGAAGCAGUUGCGACACUCAGAUGAAGAAUACAGUACUCUCCAAAUAAAGCUUCAUCCUUUCGAUGGACCAUUUUCAUAUGGAACCUUUCACAACGAUGAAGAAUUCCCUGUUAAUAUGCGAAACACUAUCUGCACAUCCAUCCCAUCUUUUGAGCUUACACGAUCUCCAGCACUCGUAUCUCGCAAAAGGCGAGCUCUGAGAAUACUGAAGAGCAGCUUGAAUGUUGACCUCGGACCUAGUCAUGCACUAGAAGUCACUUGUGACCAGUAUGAGAAGACAUUCCGAUAUGAGUUCGAACUCCUAGAAAGGCUAUUGAGACAGACAUGGGCCGUUCAUAUAUCAAACGGCGACCUGGGAGUGCGCAUCAACUCAUCAAUCUUCUCCCGGUUACAAGCUGCACUACAACGGCGAAAGCGGGAAGCCAGCCGUUCACUUGUUAUACACAAGAUAGAUCUUAAUUGUCCUACUUGGGGCCAGGAUAUCCACCUUUUUAUGACAGAGAAUGACUUUGAAUUGUAUGCCCUUUGUUAUCGGGCAUCUGUUGAGCAUUUCCUGGCAGAAAUGGUUAAUCAGCAUGAUUGGGAAACCGGCAAGCCUUGGCCCACACUUGAUGAAUGGAGAGAGCAUGGCCAAAAGCUGAUGCACUCAAUGCAGACAAUAGCAGAUAAAUCAGAACAGCGAAAUUACUCAGCCAUUGGAUAUCACCCUCGAAGCAAAGCAAGCGAAUCCUUAUUCUCACUCAAGCCUAGCCCUGUUCUACCAUCAGUGAAGACAUCGGAAGUGGGAUUCCUGGAUGGUCCUUGCGAUAUAUCCAUGAAGGGCGAGACCGAAGAACUGCGAAGAGAUGAUGGUCACCCAGGAAAUGUACAUGAUAUGAAUAUGACUCUCUUGCCUAUGAAACCUCAGCCACAGGAAGGUCUUGCUAACAGACCUCUUGAAAUAUCCCUCAUGACUUCGACACCUCCUCCCAUGCUGAAGGUCCCUUCUGCCAUUGGUCUGAAGCCGUCGAAAGGGAGAGUGAAUCAGUGUAUAUUUCCAGAAGGAAUUGCGGCUCAGGCACAGAAGAGUGAGACGGAAGCUACAAAGGAUGAUAACCAUACCAUACUGAAAAUAUCGACACCUACGGGUCAAACUGCGAACUCCCGUUCAACUAUGAACCGUAUCGAUGAGCCAGGAGACGUUUCAUUCAAGGACAUAAUGAGGGACGAAGGACGGCCUCAAUCCCAGCAUAAUCAUGAAUAUGCCAACAUUCCUGAGCUCGGCAAUGAGACUUCCAAUCGUCAUAAUACUAGCAACUGUAAUCUGGAGGAUGUGCCUUCCUCUCUGAGAUAUACAGGAUGA